GCACAACAAUUGGUGCGGCUGCGCAACGAGCCGGGCCUAACCGUCACGAUAGUGGUGGACAAGGUCGCCGCUUCUGGUGGUUACAUGAUUGCGUGUACGGCAAGUCCCGGGCGACUCUUUGCGGCUCCGUUUGCAGUUGUUGGUUCGAUUGGUGUAAUUGGACAGACCUUCAACAUUCACAAGACGUUAGAGGGCUGGGGUGUUCGACCACUGGUGUUUCGGGGAGGCCGGGACAAGGCGCCCGUUGGGUUGGUCGGAGAAGUCACGGAAGAAGGGCUGGCCAAAGUACAGGACAUGGUGGAC